AUGAUCUUUAUCGACACUACGACGCUAGCCCUCCAUGUUCGUGAUCAUGCAGAUCCAGAUCAGCGAUAUGCCAUCCUAUCACACGUGUGGGGUCUGACCAAGGACGAGGUGACUUACGAGGAGAUGAUGGUGCCGCCGCAAGACCGUCCGAAAUCAACACUGUCGAAACCAGGGUACCAGAAAAUCGUGGAGACCUGUAAGAUGGCUGCUUCGUCGCGAUACAAGCUACCGUACGCAUGGUGCGAUACGUGCUGCAUAAACAAAUCCAGCAGUGCAGAACUCAGCGAGGCGAUCAACUCCAUGUUCAGAUAUUACAAAGAAGCUUCGGUGUGUUUCGCCUAUCUGCACGACAUCGAUCACAGUGCUUUCUCUUUCAAUUCUUCGAAAUGGUUCCUUCGUGGUUGGACACUCCAAGAGCUCAUCGCACCGAAGAACGUCGUGUUCUUUGAUCAAAAAUGGGAGUUUAGAGGCACCAAGGCGAGCCUAGCGGCUCAGAUUACGGAGAUCACAGGUAUUCCGGACGAUAUCCUCAGACAUCGGAUGGAGCUAAGCGAAGUGCCUGUUGCUCAGCGGUUUUCGUGGGCGUCUACGCGCAAGACGACGAGGGAAGAAGACAUUGCCUAUAGUCUCAUGGGCAUCUUCGACAUAAACAUGGCAAUGCUCUACGGAGAAGGGUCAAAAGCGUUCAUCCGGUUGCAAGAACAGAUACUGAGCGAGACCGCCGAUGAUUCGCUCUUCCUUUGGAAUGAUGCCUUCUCGUAUCACAAGCUGUCAGGUCUCCUUGCUCCUUCUCCAAGCUGCUUUCGGCAGAUGCGAUCAAUCACCCCCGAACCGGCUGUUAAGCCGCGAGACUUUUACAUGACAAACCGUGGCAUCAGGCUCAAACUAGGUCUCGCUUGGGACCACGAUACUGGACUUGCUAUACUUCCAGUAAAACACUCGCUAGGUGCGGUUGGCAGUCCUGUUGGAAUUUACCUCAGAAGAGUAGGGCCCGACCUGUUCGUCCGCGCGCUGCCUCAAGAGUGCCCCAGGGUCAAGACUGAAGUGACUUACACUGAGUUCACUGCAGUCAAGUCAUUGACAGGUCCACAAGCUUCGACGAUCAUGGAAAAGGUCAUGCGUGUAGAAAAGCCUGCAGGCGUGCAUGUCAGUCGAGUCGAACCUCGCGGCAUAUGGGAUCCUACUGCGAAAUGGCUGCACGCAACGCAUACAGGCGCGAUCAUAGGCUACAUGGAGUUCAAGAAGGAGGCGUAUCCCGCAUUUGCAUUCGUCUUCUUUUUCAGAAACGGACAUUGGUCGGCUACGGUAGUAGUUGGAGACCAGUGGACAAACAUACAGAAGAAGUUUCACAAGCAUUACCGCGACAACCUUGAAGAGCUCUGGUACUUCGAUACAAUGGGCGACGCCAGGAUGCAAAAGAUUGAAAAGAUCAAACCCGAUUCGAAAGUCCUCACAUUGCACAUGCGAGUGGCGAGAGGCACUGGGCGGCCCCAUUUGGCGAUACGCGAAGUAGACAGGAAAGCUGGCGCAACUUGA